AUGCCCGGCUACUCGAUCCUUCCCCUCCUUCUCCUAUCCCUCACUCUCUCCCCUCUAAUCCAUGCCUUCGGCCCCCAGGCUCCUGUUGUUCACACGACCCUUGGGAAGUCGGCUGUAGCAAUCCACAAACCUCGUGAGUGGAGCUUUGCUGCAGCUGCCAGGGUGCUUGUGCGAGGUUUCCAGACUUCACGUGGAGCCUCGAGAGAUGGAGUUACAUCUCUUGCCAUGUUGAAGUACCCUGACGCCAUCGGGAAGCAAGUUCCUGGAAGUUUCGCAGAGGGCAAAGACUACCUACGUGACGGUCGCAACCUUGGUACUGGUGACCUGGUCCUCAUCCAGAGAUCCGAUGGCAGCACCCGCUUCGGUGAGAUUGUGGGAAAGAGCGGGUUGCCAUGGCAAAACGCCUUCGAGGUGUGUGUAGAGCUCGACGGCUCCGGCAGUGCUGGUGCCUCGAGGGCCGAGGAGGGCAUCAACCUAGGAAAGGUCCCAAAGAAAGACACUUCCUCCUCCGUCUCGUCCCUUCGGUUCCCCGACAAGAUCGGCAAGGUCAUCCCUCAGAAGUGGGUUGAGGGACAAGACUUUGCUCCUGGAGGCAACUUCCGCAACGGGGACCUCGUUGUUAUCAGACGCUCCGACGGAUCCCUUCGUUUUGGAGAGAUCAUCCAGUCCACCGGCCUCCCAUGGCAGAACGCGUACGAGGUGUGUGUCACCGUCGACAACAAGGGAUCCCCUGACUCAUCUAGGGCUGAAGAAGCCUCUUCUAUCUACGGCAUCAACGCUGCCACGCUUGCCGCUGUCCUUCCCAGCGCUCCUCUUGUUCAGGGAACGCAAAGAUUCUCCAUCUUCGGGAAAGGAUCCGCAAGCCCAGACGCCACCAAUGACAGAGCACGACAGCAGGCCGAGGCUGCCGCUGAGCGCAAGCGCCAACAGGAAGAAGCCGCCGCCAAGCGCAAGGCUGAGCUUGAGGAGCGUAAGCGUCAGCAGGCUGAAGCCGCCGCUGCCCGCCAGGCCGAGCAAGAGCGACGCCGGGCAGAGGCAGAGGCCCAACGCAAGGCAGCCGAGGAGGAGCGCAAGCGCCGCCAAGAGGAACAGGCUGCUGCUCGCCUCGCCGCCCAGCAGGCUCGUCAGGGAUCUGCGGGACGCCAGGGCUCAGCCCCAGGUCUUCUUGGACGUGUGGGAUCAGGAGGAGCUCCGGCGAGCCAGCCUCCUCCUCCUGCAAAGCCUGCGGCACCGGCCGGUGGGCUGUUCGGCAGGAUCGGAUCCGGCGGAUCUCCCCAGGCCAACAACGCGGCUGAGGAGCGCAGGAAGCAACAAGAGGAAGCAGCUGCCCGUCGUCAGGCCGAGCUUGAGGAGCGGAAGCGUCAGCAGGCUGAGGCUGCCGCUGAGCGCAAGCGCCAGCAGGAAGAAGCCGCCGCCAAGCGCAAGGCUGAGCUUGAGGAGCGUAAGCGUCAGCAGGCUGAAGCCGCCGCUGCCCGCCAGGCCGAGCAAGAGAGACGCCGGGCAGAGGCUGAGGCCCAACGCAAGGCAGCCGAGGAAGAGCGCAAGCGCCGCCAAGAGGAACAGGCUGCUGCUCGCCUCGCUGCCCAGCAGGCUCGUCAGGGAUCUGCGGGACGCCAGGGCUCAGCCCCAGGUCUUCUUGGACGCGUGGGAUCGGGAGGAGCUCCAGCGAGCCAGCCUCCUCCUCCUGCAAAGCCUGCGGCACCGGCCGGUGGGCUGUUCGGCAGGAUCGGAUCCGGCGGAUCUCCCCAGGCCAACAACGCGGCUGAGGAGCGCAGGAAGCAACAAGAGGAAGCAGCUGCCCGUCGUCAGGCCGAGCUUGAGGAGCGGAAGCGUCAGCAGGCUGAGGCUGCCGCUGAGCGCAAGCGCCAGCAGGAAGAAGCCGCCGCCAAGCGCAAUGCUGAGCUUGAGGAGCGUAAGCGUCAGCAGGCUGAAGCCGCCGCUGCCCGCCAGGCCGAGCAAGAGCGACGCCGGGCAGAGGCAGAGGCCCAACGCAAGGCAGCCGAGGAGGAGCGCAAGCGCCGCCAAGAGGAACAGGCUGCUGCUCGCCUCGCCGCCCAGCAGGCUCGUCAGGGAUCUGCGGGACGCCAGGGCUCAGCCCCAGGUCUUCUUGGACGUGUGGGAUCAGGAGGAGCUCCGGCGAGCCAGCCUCCUCCUCCUGCAAAGCCUGCGGCACCAGUAGCUGGACGAGGAGCAUCCCGCAGAGUUGCCUAUGCCGAUAGGAUUGACACGCCAGUCCCACCCCAGUGGCAGCCCGGCGUUGACUUCAGCAGCGGCGCGUCGAUCUCCGUCGGCGACCUCGUGGCAGUCCGACGCUCCGAUGGGAGCACACGAUUCGCUCAGGUGAUUGGACGGGCUGGACUCCCCUGGCAAAACGCUUGGGAAGUUUGCGUGACAGUCGGAGCUGAUGGCGAGCCCCAGGCUUCCAGAACGGAGGACGGAGCUACGCUCCUCAAGCCAACCCCGCAGGCCCUUCAGGGCUUGGGAGUGGGCGGACAACCUGCGCAGCGGGCAGGAAGCAUGGGAGUCCCCGAGAGGAAGGAACCUGUCCCCAUGCAGACCGGAACUCAGCGCAUCUCAUUCGCCGGUCUAUUCGGAGGAAAGCCGGCUACUACCCCACCUGCUGCUGCCCCACCUGCGCCAGCUGCUCCUUCUGCAGCACAGGAUGCUGCUGCCGCUCGCGCUGCCGCGCUCAGAGAAGCACAGGCUGCGAAGCAGCGGGAGCUUGAGGAGCGCAGGAAGGCGGCCGAAGAGGCACGAGCGGCUAAGCAAGCUGAGUUCGAGGCCAGGAAGCGCCAGCAGGAGCAGGAGAAAGCUGAAAGAGCCGCUGCCCUCGAGGCCAAGCGCAGGGAGCAAGAGGAACAACGUGCUCGCGCUGCAGCUGAGGCCGAGGCGAAGAGAAGGGCACAGCAGGAGGAACAGGAGAGGAAGCGAGCAGAGGCAGCAGCAGCUCGUGCUACUCCUCCACCUUCCCUCCGCCAGCCAUCUGCUGCUCCCCAGCCUCCCGCGGCGCCUUCUGCUCCUGCCGGAGGCUUCUUCGGGGGUCUUUUCGGAGGAUCAGCACCCAGCGCACCUCCUGCCAAGGCCCCCGUUCCUCCUCCCCCCAAGGCGGCGGUUCCUCCUCCCCCCAAGGCAGCGGUUCCCCCUCCUCGUGCUGUUCCCCCCAAGGCAGCAGCUCCUCCUCCGGCGGCUGCUCCCAAGCCAGUGAUUCCUCCCCUCAAGAGGGACGUUGCAUCCACGAGCACCGACACUGAGAGCAAGGGAUUCUUUGCCUCCCUCUUCGGCGGCAAGGCUCCUCAGGCUCCUCCUCCCAAGGCGGCAGUACCCCCUCCCAAGGCGGCAGUACCCCCUCCCAAGGCGGCAGUACCCCCUCCCAAGGCGGCAGUACCUCCUCCUCCCAAGGCGGCAGUACCCCCUCCUCCCAAGGCGGCAGUACCCCCUCCUCGCUCUGCUGAGGCUCCUCCUCCCAUGCAGGUCCUCGGCACUCAGAGGGCCGUCCCGUCCCCUGUCAACACCAUCGGCUCCGGGCCCGUCCCCCUCACUUCCGCGCAGACCCUCAAGUGGGCUGAUCUGGUCGACACGAGGGUGCCGGACACCUGGGUCGAGACCAAGCAGUACGACAGGCAGGGCAAAGUGCAGGAGGGCGACCUGGUCAUGGUGAGCCGCUCCGACGGCUCCACCAGGUUUGCGCAGGUGCUCAAGAAGGCCGGGUUCUUCUUCCAGGACGCCUGGGAGGUCGUCGUGACCGUCAACCCCGACGGAACCGCCGCGGCCACCCGAGUGGAGGAAGGGAACAUGCUCGGACGUCCUCGUCCCGACGCCCUCGCUGCCAUCGGAGCUCAGCCUUCUCCUGUCAAGGAGGUCAAGGUUGCGGCUCAAAAGCGCGCUGGAUCUUCCCAGGGGGGCCUCUUCGGCAUCGGCGCUGGCACAGUCUUCGAGGAAGACGCCGACAGUCAGGCCCGAGUUCCUCCUCCUCCCCCGGCACAGAUUCCCAAGGCUGUGCCUCCUCAGAUGCCUCCAAAGGCUGUACCACCACCACCUUUGGCCAAGGCGGCUCCUCCUCCCCCCAAGGCGGCUCCUCCUCCCCCCAAGGCGGCUCCUCCUCCCCCCAAGGCAGCUUCUCUUCCUCCUCCUCCCAAGGCAGAGGAAGCAAAACCUUCCAACCCCUUCGGUGGUCUGCUCAGUUUCUUGGAGCCAAGCUCUCCUCCAGCUCCUCAGGCGCCUCCCAAGGCUGUUCCUCCCCCUGCUCCCAAGCCACCAGCUCCAGCAGCACCACCAGCCACUCCACCACCUCCUCCAGCUGCGCCAGUCGCUAAGGCUCAGGCACCCCCAGCAGCUCCUCCAGCAGCACCCCCAGCAGCUCCUCCAGCUCCAUCCCAGCCCACGGGACCCAAAGAGGAGUCCAGCAACCCGUUUGCUGGUUUCUUGAGCUUUUUGGAGCCCAAGGAUGUUAGCCCACCGGCUCCCAAGCCUCCAGCGCCUCCUGCUGCUCCCCCUGCUGCUGCCCCCCCUGCUCCCCCUGCUCCUAGCAAGGCAGCACAGCCUGCCGUGCAACCUCCACCACCACCGGCAGCUCCUCCAGCUCCUGCAGCUGAGGUUAAGGCUCCUCCCCCCGCUAAGAUACCUUCGGACGAGGACAAGCCCAUCGUCAAGAUGCCCAAGGAGCAGCCCCCAAGUGCUGUGGAGGAGGCGCAGGCGUCCAUCUCCAACUUGUUCUCGGGCUUCAGCUCGAAGCUGAAGGAAAUGGUGGAAGACGUUCAGGGAGAGGCGAAGCAGGCGGUUCCUCCUCCUGCCAAGAAGCCGGAGGAGAUUAAGACCCCUCCUCCUGCACCUGCUGCCCCUCCGGCUCCUCCUGCUGCAGAGGCUCCCUCUGCCGUCAAGAGCGAGCCGAAACAGGAGGAGGUUCCUCCUCCUCCUCCUCCUAAGCCAGCUUCUCCUCCUCCUGCCGCUGUGAAGGCACCCGAGACGCCUCCUCCUCCUCCUCCUCCUCCAACGCCAGCAGAGGCGAAGAAGCCCGAGGAGCCGGUCAAGGCAGAGCAGAAGCCUCCCGCUCCUCCUUCCCCUCCCCCACAGAAGAAGCCCGAGACUCCCAAGGUCGAGGAGAGCAAGCAAGCUCCUCAGCUUGACCUUCCCUUCGGGGGCCUGGGUGGAGGACUGUUCUCCAAGCUGCAAAAGCUGGUAGAGCCAGUUGACGUGGGAGGGUCGGACAACGACAAGAAGUCAGUGGAAAAGAGCAAAGCUCCUGUUAAGGAAAAUGCUAUCUACGAGGACGACGACAUCAACGCUCCUCCCGCUCCCAAGCAGCCCAAGCAGCCCUUCCGACUCGAGAUCCAAGAGCAGAAGGCGAAGACUGUGGAGGAGGAAGUGAAGCCUAAGGAGGAAGUGAAGGCCAAGGAGGAAGUGAAGCCUAAGGAGGAAGUGAAGCCUAAGGAAGAAGUGAAGCCCAAGGAGGAGAAGGCGGGAGGACAGGACGUGCCCAUCGCUAAGCUCAGGGCCCUUGAGGCCAACAAGGAGCAGUGGGGCAUCGGGAGUGACGAGGACAAGGACGAGAAACCCUCGGCCUAAGGCUCCUCCCUCACCUCCUGAACUUCAGUGACUUGAAUGAACUUGCGUGACCCUCG